GUUUGAACCGUCUGCCAUCAUAAUCUAGACAGCGUGCGCUUCCCGCACCUCACCUCACCUCACGCGAGCUCGCAGCACCUGCAAGAGCAGUCAAUCUCUUGCUCCUAGUGAGUCUUCCUCUUGCAACCUUCCAAAAUGGCAGACAGAGCGAGCAAUGUGCUGAAAAGGCUUCACCCUGAAGACGAUGGACUCGAGAGCCAGAAACGAGCCAGAUCUAACAAUGGCUCUCCUCGUCCUACCACUCCAGCUACCGCCGCCGCCUCUGCGCCUAUGGGGGCAAAGCCAGACGCCGAUGCGAUAGUGGCUCGUGCGAAAGCCGCGGCUGCAGCCAAAGCGGCUGAGUUGAAAGCGAAACUGGCAGCCAUGAAGAGCGGUGCAUCACCCGCCUCACCUGCAAUGACAGCGAGUGCCUCGCCCAACCCUCCUCUGAGCGCGACCGACAGGAUUGCCCAGAUGAGGGCUCGCGUGGCAGCAGCGACCGGUCGAGUAGCAGCCCAGACUCAGCAAAGGCCGUCGACAAAUUACUCUGCUCCAGCCUAUAAUGACGACAUGUCGAAAGCACGAGGCGGGCUGAACAUUGGUAUACAUCCUGAUUUGUUGGCCGAUUCGCAGCAUGAUGCGCAGAGAAGCAAGGGGCGCACACCGCAGCCAAAGUUCCCAUCCGCAAUAGGAAAUCGAAGGACAGAGUCACCUGCUUCGAUGCAGCAGAAGGCACAAUUAGAUCUCUCGGGCCCUUCGCUGGAAGAACUCAAAGAGAACCCAUACUUCGAUGCGACUCUGGGUUCCCGAAACGUGCUGCCUAAGGGCCGGCAUUCUCGACAGCUAGUCUUUAAUCAAAAGGGAAAAUAUAUCCAACAAGCAGCAGCACUCCGACGUCAAGCGCAAUUAGAAGCUAUGAAGAAGAAAAUUGCGGAACGCGCAAGGCAAGCGGGCUUGGAAGAAGAUCUCGAUACCGAGAAGGCGUUCCUCGUCCCUGCUCCUCCUGAUCUGGAAUGGUGGGAUGAAGGCCUCGUGAAUGGCAAAUCCUACGAUGCCAUCUCCGACCCGGCAAACCUGAAGAUCGAUACGCCGGAUAGUAUUAUCACGGUCUACAUCCAGCAUCCGGUCCUUAUUGAGCCACCGCAGGAGAAAAACAACCCCGCCCCUAAACCUAUGUAUCUUACGUCGAAGGAACAAGCUAAACUACGCCGUCAACGCCGCAUGGCCGAUCUCAAGGAAGAACAAGCUAAAAUCCGACUAGGUCUUGUUCCACCGCCUCCACCAAAGGUGAAAAAGAGCAACUUGAUGCGCGUACUGGGCGAAGAAGCCGUAAAAGAUCCCACAGCCGUGGAAGCCCGAGUCAACAGGGAAAUUGCCGAGCGGCAGCAAAAGGCCGAGGAAGCCAAUCUGGCUCGCAAGUUGACGAAGGAACAGCGUGCCGAAAAACUGGUGAAACAGCAAGCCGAAGAUGCGGCCCGUGGGAUUCAAAUCCGUGUCUACAAGAUCGACUCACUCGCAAACGGCAAGCACAGAUACCAAGUCUCGGUCAACGCGGACCAGAAUGCCCUCACCGGCGUCGUUAUCAUGCACCCCAAAAUGAACCUCGUCGUGGUCGAAGGUGGCGAGCACAGCAUCCGGAACUAUGACAAAUUAAUGCAAAACCGCAUUCGAUGGACCGAGAUGGAAGCACCCCGUUCCGUGGCAGAAGGAAACCGCGAAGCCCUGGCCAAGUGGCUCGAGGCCGAGGACGAGAACGGCGAAUUGAAGGACUUGAGCCUGAACAAGUGUGAACUGGUGUUCAAGGGCGAAGAAAAGCAGAGAAGUUUCAAGCGGUGGCUGGGAGCCAGAGUGUGCGAGACGGAUGCGCAGGCAAAGGAUGUGUUGAGCCGAGCCAAGAUGGAGAAUUUCUGGGCACUGGCGAAGACUUUCAAGAGGGAGGUCUGAGGGUGUGAAAAGGGCGAUGAAAAAAGUCCCAAAGCAUAUAUUCAAUCGCAAGGCUGUAGAAACAUAUAUCCAUAGGAGAAAUCCUGAUCGGUAUGGACGAGCUUGCCGGAGCCGCUGAUUCCCGGUCUCUGCAUGUCUCGUGGGGAGUCCAAGCCGCUCAUGUCUAAGUCG